GCUCUGUGCGCAGCGCUUGUGAAUGGCAGCGGGCGGUGGGCGUGAGAUUUUCCCCAGACACACCAUCGUGGUUUCAGUGCGUCGGGCACCAUGUCGGGUCGUGGGGUGCAGAGCGGCGAGGCAGAAACAAAAUACUGUUGGCUCGGAACCUACACGCAUGUUCUCGUCGUUGGGUUGAUGCUCGUUCUCUAUGCUCCAAUCUUCACACACGUCCAUGUUUCUGCAGAAAAGUGCAAGCCAAAGAACAUUUCAACCAAAUACCAACACUGUGGGAUUCACCCAGAUGGAGUCCAUAAUCUAGACUGUUUCCGUAAAUUCAAGAACGACAACAAAUGUACGUGGGAAUCUGGAAAACAUGGAUCAAAGAGCUACACGUUCAUCUUACAACAAGCAGACAGAUCUCAUUGUGUAGUUAACUACAACAUAACCAAACCCAGUCGAAAGCUGAUAAUAUAUGAUCUCAACUUUACGGUGGAGGUUAUUGAAAACAAUGCGGGGAUGGCAAAUUGCACAAAGGCAGUUUUCAGUGGUUCAAAAAAGACUCUGAAGCGGUCCUGUGGGCCUCCUAACGAAGUGUUGCCGACUCGCACACCUGGGGGGCUGCAGGUGAACGUGACCUGGCUCAGAGAGGACGGAAGUAACAAGAUCUCUGUGAGAUACAGAGCGCUGGGCAGCCACUCGUGGAACGAGACUGUAGAGUCUCAGCUUCCAAAUACAGCCAUGGUGGAGAAGCUAACGCCCUCAUUGGUCUACGUUGUCCAGAUACAGUGUGUGACUACUGCUGAAUGCACACAGUGUCCAUGGAGUAAAAAUUACUACGUCCCAUCAGAGCUUACAACUCGACCGAUCCUUGUCAGUGCCAAAUACACCGAUAUUACGCAGAAAACCGGCUGCCGGUUGAUUUCCAUAACCUGGAAGUUUCCUGUCAAAGAUGUGUACGACGGCUACCGAGUGACCGUUUGGAAAGAGUCCGGAGAGCCUCCGCAGGAGCAGCUGACCACCUCAGAGCCGGCGAUCAGACUGACCCUCUCCUACUCGGCGUACCGCCUCAACAUCAGCGCUUACAACAACGCGAGCGUUUCCCCAGCUGCCACCCACGUCAUACCACAGCACACAGACGCCAACAUUUUGGGAGACGGGAGGCUGAACGUGACAGUCCACAACAGCACGGCGUUUACGAUCCACUGGAGGCCCGAUCGGAUCAGGAAGUACGUCUGCUACGUGGUGGAGUGGAUGAAACAGGGACAUUCGGGGUGGUACCUGUCCUUCUUUGAGGACGCCAUUGCCAGAAAGACCGUGUCCUCUAUACAAGAACAUUUGGAGCCUUACACCAGAUACAGAGUCACUCUGCAUUUGCGACCAAACAAGAACACCUGCAACAUGAAGCACAUCAACAACAGUGAGAGCACCUACGGGACUACAGAGUUUUAUCACACUGAAGGAUCUCCUGUCGGCGCCCCAGCAAACGUCACCUUCCACAACGUGACGCUUAAUUCAGCAGUGCUCCAGUGGUCACAAAUCCCAGAGGAAGACUUGAGAGGGUUCCUGCUGGGUUACAUUAUCUACUACACUGAGCAUCACUACCAGGAGACGAGCACAGCGCACAAUAUAACGGUGGAUCCGGGUUCUACCAGCUUUCACAUGGAGGCCCUCAAAAGUGGAACAGCGUAUCAAGUCCAGAUAUCUGGUUUCACAUUGGCGGGCGAAGGAAUCCGAAGCAUUUCAAGUGUCUUUAAAACGGAUCCGAAAGUGAAUUUCAGCAUCAGGGGCGCAAUCGCAGCCUUCGUAGUGGUGGCCUGUUUGCUGGUAUUUGGGUCUCCGGUGAUAAAAAGGGUAAAAGCCAUUCUGUGGCCAAGGGUGCCCAACCCUGGACACAGCAACGCAGUGCAGAAAAUAGAGAGUCCCGGACAACUGAAACUCCUGGAGGCAUUAGUGACUCUAAAAGCGGUGGAGGAAUGGGACACGAAGAGUUUCCAGAUUCUAGAGAGGGAAGCCGUGAUCCCGUCUCAGACGUUGUCGAUGCUGCCGCACGUCAGGACCUGUGAGGAUGACAGUCUGGAAAUGGCUCACGCCUGGAGCGAGAGGGACGGAGACAGCACGGCAGACAAUGAUGACACAACGAACACUUUGCUGGACACACAGAGGACACACUUCCAAAGCUCACCUUUUACCUUUGCAGGCGGUUAUACGACGAUGGAAAUGUUCCAACAGCUCACCCCGCAGUGGACGAUGGAAGGUGGCUCAAACACACCGAGCAUCGAAGGCGAACCGGAGGACUUCACUGUGUUAAAGUCUAUGAGAUUAGACUACGUGAGACAAUUCAGCACCAGUCCACCGUCAGACAGUGAAUUUACACCAGCCCUGGUGUGAACUCCACUUCGGUUGCCUUGAAAGUGUGGUUCGUUUGGGAAGGUGGUCUCUGGUCCGCCUACAAACCUAGGUCUCCGUUCGGUUGAAGUCAACUCUGGUGCGGUUCGAAUCCGUAUGUGAACACCAUGUGGUCCUGAGACGGCUCCAAGAGCAGGAAGCGAACUAUAUCGCCGGGCAUAUACUACCUAAACAAAUAUGAGUCUAGCGCUAGCAGGAGUAAUGCUUUGUGGUCUUUUACCAAAGACAGAGAAGAAAACCUACAGCAGCUAAAUUUUGACGCAAGUCCAUUUUUGUUUACAUUUUAUGAAGAAGAAAGUUACGCUCAUGUCUUCUGUGGAGACUUUCCUGUCGUUUCCCUUCAGUGGGUCUUGGUGUAGCGCCACCACAGGCAAGGAGGGGAACAGGUUUUUCAAAGGGUUUGGUUCGUUUGAGCCGAAAAUGUAAAUGUUGCAAUUUUGGUCUACCAGACUACCAUUUGUGAAAACACCCUGGAUGGAGCUGUAAUGUUUUACACCUAUUGCAGGACAACAGUUAUUUUUAAGUUUUAUUCAGUACAAAUGGCAUGUCAAGCAUAUAUUUAUGUGUACAACUCAACCAUGGAGCAAAUGACAAAACUGCCAAAGUUGUUUGCAAAGGAAGUGUACCUUACCUGUACGUCACUGAUUAAUCAGUAACUAUAUGGGGAUUUUUGGUCAUCGUUGACAUUUAUUAAAAUGUUUUGUGUGAGAAAUGCACACACAGACACACAUUCUUGUACUUUAUCAAUCUGAGUACUUCCAUUCAUUUUAUACGUAUGAAAAAUAUUGGAUACUAGGCCCAAAUGCUGUAAACUUCAACAAGAUCUAAGUAGUACAGUAGCUAGUAGCUAGUUUACAAUUAGUGACAUGUAGAACAGAAACAACCAAGCAAAACAUCUGAGUGGAAAGUCUCUUUAUUCAGAGCUUUUGCAAUCAAAUAAAACAUCUUAGGUUCAAACCAAAGAGUAAUAUGUACAUACAUCUGAAUAUUUCAUAAACUAUUUUACUGAACCGUUACAUCAACUCCAAUUUCCCAGCACAAAAAAAUCAUCUCAAAUGCAGAGAAGAUGAGGACAUAAAAAAAAGUAAUAAAGUACAUGUUCACAUAUUGGCAGAUGAGCUGAAAUGAUUUCAUUCUGACAUUUGAAGCUCAUUAUUUCUGACUGAUGUGUUAAGAAAAAAAAGACGUAAACUUUUCAAAAUAGGAACUGGAUCUGUUGCCGUUUUGCCACCAUGUUUCAAUGAGCAUACUCAUAACUACUGCAACACAUUAAAUCACAGAAUAAAAGGAUAAAAACAUCCCAUGAACAGUUAGUCUAUUCCGACAGCCCACAAUACUUUAAUACAAGAUCUUAUUAGUUUUAUUCAUAAAACAUCCAAAUGAGUCUCAAUAUUUUAUUUGCUUACUGUACAAUCGUGGUCUAGGCACUUUAUGACCCUUCUGUGCUUCCAUAGUUAGUUGACCUGCGAGAUUUCAGUUUAUUUUCCCCAUUUCCAAAAUAAAUUUUAAAAAAUCAGCCCGUAAACUUUCUUCAGUCAUCUUGUUAACUGAAAAUAUUUCAUCCCACAGCGCAACGAUAGAAAAAAAAUCAAACAUGGUACACCGAAAUGUUGCUGUGGCAACAUAGAAAUUGACGCAAUGAUAGUUAUGUGAAUGAGUCCUACAUCUAGACAAAAGUUGGCCAAACACCUGCAACAACAUACUGUCUCAUAAUUAUAGCUUUGAGUUAUUAUUCAGCAAUAAUAUCCUGAAGGACAACAGAGUUCCCGGAUGGUGCAGAAAUGAGGCGCAAAAAGAUGGACAAAAGGACACUUCACAAACCUCAGACAGAAAACCUCUCAACAAAAAAAAA